GUCAAUUUUCAUUGCGUCAGUUGGACUAUAUGAAUGCGCGGAGUGUCAAACUUAAAUAAAUUUGAGAGGUUAUCGCCGGUUAAUAUUCAUUUGUGGAAAGUGUUUACAACCGUCAAUAGCCAACAUGAAUAGCACCUUCGAUUCUCCCAAAUUCGGUCUUAUCCGUAACAUGGACAAUCGGGGCAUGCCAAAAGGUGAUAUGUCAAUGAAUAUGUCCACAUCCGAUAUGCGACGAUUUUUGAACAAUUCGAAUGAAACAACAUCAUACAAGCACUCAGUAAUGGACGAGACUGCGACGGAUGUGUUGACAACAAAACAAAAGACCAAUUCGUUGUAUGGUCACUUUUUGGAAAUUUUACAAAGCCGCACCAAUGAUUCUGAGGUGUUCGAAACUGUUCAGGAUCUUAUAGCAGCCUGUUCGGAUACCAUCGACGAAAUCGAAAAGUUCCAACGACACGGUCAACACACCAAUCGACAGGAAUAUAACUGGUUAAAUCAGGAACGAAAUACUUGGCGACUGCUGUACGCAUUGUAUCAAGACAGAUUGAUAACGCAGAAAGAGGCAAUGGAUUACGAUGAUGCACCGUUGAUGGGUAGCGAGAAGAUGAUCGUCGAAAAUCUGUACCGUAACAAUGCCAAUCUGAGGGAAUAUCAAUUGAUUGUCGAUUGGUUGGAACAAUGUGCCGACGAGAAAGAGAUACCACAAAUCGGUCUUUACACAGAUCAGACCAUUUCAUGGGAGAACACAUUGCAUCAGCUGCAAAACAAAGACAGGCCACUUUUCGGUCGAGGGCGGGAAAUCGUCAAAAGCAUGGACCCAGAUGCAAUGAUAAGAGAACGGUUGCCGUUACAUGAUCUGGAUAUGGAAGAUGAAGCGAGAUUGUCGAAACAGAUCUUAAUUGAAAUGCGAAAGGGACAAAUCGAAAAUGCGCAAUCGUUGUGUACUCAUUGCGGUCAGUCGUGGCGGGCUGCUCUUUUGGAAGGAUGGAGACUACACCACGAUCCAAACUAUGACCAAAGUAACACAGAUACCAAGUUGGCGGUUGAAGGGAAUCCCCAUCGCGAUCUCUGGAAAAAACUUGCAUGGAUGAUGGCGGAAAACAAAAAUCUGGACGAAUAUACCAGGGCCAAUGUCGGCAUAUUGUGCGGUCAUUUGGAAUCCGUUUUACUACCACUCGGUCAGUCGUGGGUGGAUCUGCUGUGGGGUUACUUGAAAACUCAAAUUGAUAUUCGUGUUGAGGGCGAAAUACGUUCGUGUAGCACCAAAAGUCACUUGGAUAUGCCGGAAAAGUACUGGAACGGGAAGAUGUCAUUGGAACAAAUUUUCGAAGAAUUGUCGGCACAUAAGUCCGACACCAUUCGUGUGGCGGCGGAAAAUCCGGUCAAUAUUGUGCAAAAAUUCCUAAUUCUCGACGAUAUUCCUGAAUUGAUGCGACAUAUCGAUGCGUGGAUAUCAGCCGAUAAAAUUGGUCCGCAAAUGUUACGCUUCUUGACCCACGUCGUUUUGUUUAUGCGACAAAUCGGACGACCACAUCACGAGGAUGUUGCUGAUCGUGUUAUCAAGGCAUACGUUGAAUGUCUGAUCGAAUUGGGAGAACGACAGUCGGUUGCAUUUUACACUGUUGCUGUUCCGAACGAGGUUCAGUUGGUUUUGUAUUCCAAAUAUUUGCAAACCAUUCACGGCACCGACGAAAGGAAACUGGCGUUAGAGGAAGCGAACAAUGUGGGAUUGGACAUUCAGGCCAUAACAUGUUACACGGUUGAAAGUAUCCGAAACGAGCAGCUGAAUGAGAACGAACAGAAGCAGUUGUGUUCGUACAUUGGUGAAGGCGAUCUAAACAAAAUUUCGGCCUUGGAAUGGUUAACGUUUUAUCAGGAGCAACGGGGAGAACUGUUGUGGCAGGCUAAUUCGAUGAUCCGGUCGUUCUUGGCAGAAAAUAAAAUUGAGUGUGUCCGUAACACGUUUAAAAUUGUGCCGCAAGAUUCGAUUCAGCAAAUCGUAGCGAAUUAUGGUUCAAGGGAUAAUCUUCCGUACAAGGAAGAAUGCAGCAUCAAAGAAUACUUGUGCCAUCAGACGUAUUUGAAGGCUAUCGAUGGAUACAACGACUGGACGAAACUCUACCAUAGUAAGCCGAAAGAGCCACAAUCGCUCGCUGCGAACGCCAAUUUCACGGAUAAAGUUGCUGCUGAACAUAAGGAACAAAUCUACAAAUCGGAAUUGGAACGAUGGAACAUCAAUCUCAUCGACCAGACGAAAACUGCCCGUGAUCUGCUAUUCGCCGUACUACAAUUCCCGGAAAACUAUCUCGUCGAUCCGGAUGCGGAGAAAAUGCUCGACGACGAUGAACAUUAUUCUUGGUCACAUCGAUCCAUCCAAUUGGAAAGUUUACGCAAGUUAUGCAUUCCAGAAGUGGUUCUAUUGCUCCACAAAGUGUUGCAUUUGGCUGGCGAAUAUAAAGAAUGUGUUCGGUUGGCUGACGAACUGGCAAAUGAAAGCCGACAGCUGUACAAGGUGUAUUCGAAACAUAAACUGGCCGAACUUAUCGGAAAGAUUUCGGAAUCGUCGCUGGCGCUAAUGAAUGCAAAAAUGGAUCCAUGGGGAUACACGAUCGAUGUUUAGAAUAAUUUCCUUUUUUCUGAUGUUAGCCGGUUGAUUUUGUGACCUGUGACUCGUCUUAAGCUCAUGAUUUUGUAAUAAAAUUCAUUUUUCCUUUCGUUAUGCGACCA